GUAAUAAGCGCAGUCGAACCAACUAUUUGAAAUAUAAGCAACAACAUUGAGGGGCGGCGAGGAACAGUUUUGGAUUAAGAAUGCGGGGAGGCGUUAUUGGAAGUAUUAGCUUCCUUGCCUUCCUGUUGUUCCAUUGCUCUAAUGGUCAAAAUAUUUUAUUAAACUCGCAAACUCAGGAUUUAAAAGAAAAUUUAGGUGAAGUCAAAGCAUCGAAUGAAGAUGUUACAUUGAAAAGUACAGAAAGUGAUUUUCAAAAUAAUAUUUCUGAUAGAAAUGAUAACGACAUAAGUACAAAACCCGAGAGUCGAAUUUUAUCUGAAACUGACCAAGCAUUGUUUUCUUCUCUACAUGUGACUGAAAAUAAAGAAGAGGAGAAUUUGAGCAAUCAAUCGCUAAAAUCUGCACAAGAUGAAGAAAAUGAUAUUAAUGCGGAGGAAAAAUCUGCUUACAGUUCAGCGAUUGCAACCACAAGCAAUUCAUUUGGUUCUAGCAACAGCUUUGCUCAAGCAACUGCUUCAUCAUCGGGUGGAUACGGUUCCAUUCCACCAUAUAAAAAUCAUUUGCCAAACUCGGCUUCUAGUUUGGCUCAGGCAUAUGGUAAUAGUAAUGCUCAAGCUACAGCGUCAUCCCAAGGCAACUCUUACUAUAGAUCAACACCUGGUUUUGCUCCACCAAGUCCGUCCUUGGGACUAGGAUCUUCCUUGGCGGAUUUCAAUGCGCAGUCUACAGGUUAUGGUAGAUGGAAUCCAUUGGUGUCAAGUUAUCUUUCAGGCGAAAGUUAUGCAUCAGGAAUGGCACAAGCGCAAUCAGAUUACGAGAGCCCCUACGGAUUAGAUUUUCAUAAACCAGACUUUAGUUAUGCAUCGGCAACAGCUGAUUCAAGUGGAUGGGGUCCGUAUGGUCCAGGGACUUAUCCUGACCAAAGCUACACAGCAGAAGCUCAGGCCCAAGCAUCCAUUUCAGUUGGGUUUUAUGAACCAGGACGAGCAAGGCAAUUUUUACCUCAGGAAUACAUAAUUCCUCAUUCAACUUCCGGACGAGAUGAAAUUGUAUGUAUGCGAGCGGGUGGUUUAUACAGCAUACUAACACUUGACAAUAGAUGCUUGAUAUGUACGUGUAGUGAAGUCCUAGGGCAAUUGAUGCCUGUAUGCGUCGGCUGUGACUCCUGUUUCGCACUACCAUUGCCGGAACCGGAACCGGAACCGUUACCGGUGCCAAUACCGGUGCCGCCGCCUCAGCCACAGCUGUCAUGCUCACCCCUACCAGACGACACGCCUUUCCAGAAUCCAUUGAAUCCGUGCCAAAUAUGUAUUUGCGCUCAUGUAUUCAAUGCGAUCGGACAGCCCGACAUACAGAUCGACUGUCAGGAGACUCCAGCAUGCCGAUUGCCGACUGAUAUCACUCCGAUACCACCCAUACCUGAACCGCCAGUACCGGUUCCUAUGCCUCUUUGCGAGAAGUUCCCAUCCGAAAUACUUUUCCCUCAUCCAACAGAAAGUUGCAAAAUUUGCAAGUGUGUCGUCGAGAUAUUGUCAUACGGUUUACCGGAGCAACGUAUUUUAUGUAUGCCAAACCCUGAAUGCGAACAAUCUUGGCCGGAACCAGAACCUUGGCCAAUACAAGAGCUCUGGCCUCAAGGUCCUGAACCGUACCCCUAUAUUGAGCCAGUACCUCAUGUACCAGAACUAUGGCCAAUUCCAGAUACACUGCCGCCUGCACCUGAACCCUGGCCUAUCAUUGAACCAUUACCACCAGCGCCAGAAUUUUUGCCAGUUCCAGAACCCUUACCUCCUCCCCCUGGACCAUGGCCUAUUAUCGAUACAGAACCAUGGCCAAUUCCAGAUAUACUGCCGCCUGCACCUGAACCCUGGCCUAUUAUUGAACCUUUACCGCCAGCGCCAGAACCUUGGCCAGUUCCAGAACCUUUACCACGUCCCCCUGCACCUUGGCCUAUUAUUGAGACUGAACCAUGGCCAACUCCAGAUACACCGCCACCUGAAUCCUGGCAAAUCAUCGAACCUUUACCACCAAUGCCAGAACAAGUUCCCGAACCUUGGUAUCCAGCUGAACCAUGGCCCGUUAUUGAGCCAUUACCAGAACCAUGGCCUUCUCCUGAAUUCCUUCCAUGGCCAGUACCCUCAGAACCUGAAAUUUGGCCAGUUCCUGAGCCCUUACCUCCAGCUCCAGAACCUUGGCCAAUACCAGGACAAUAUCCACCACCUCCCGAGCCAUGGCCAAUUCCAGAACAAUAUCCGCCAGCUCCCGAACCAUGGCCAAUUCAAGAAAUACAAUUGCCAGAACCUGUGCCACUUCCAGAACCACAACCAUUACCUUGGCCACCUGUGAUACCUGAUACUCCACUUAGUCCUCUACCUGGCCCACCACCUCAUCAAUCAUGUCGACCUUAUCCGCCGAACAUGCCAUUCCAACAUCCAUGGGAUGAUUGCAGAGUUUGUGUGUGCAGUGAGUUCCAUGCGAUCGGUAUCACCAACAUUGAAGUUAACUGUUACACAAAACCAUCGUGCUGCGUUGAACUACCAUUCCCAGAACCAAAUCCUCAACCAUUACCCCUCCCCCCACCAAUUCAGCAAACAAUUCCUCAACCUAUUCCAUAUAUUGAGCCACAAUUUCCGGCUUCACAACUAACUUCAGAUCAGACCUGUCAAUAUCAAGAUAUCGGAUCCGAAUUCAUAAGCCCCGAAGACGUCUGUAAAGUGUGCACCUGUCAAGUAUUCGGAAACUACAUAGUUCCAGUCUGUAGACGCUCUAGGAGGCCCGAAUGUGCGGCAUCCACGGAUCUGAAGCCGUUUAACAACGUGGUGUUUAUUGAGCCAACGUGUCGUUAUCGACUCCCGAAUCAGGCAUACGUUGUGGAUUGCAACGUGUGUUUCUGUCACCCUGUUUUUAAUUACGUCAUCGCUCGCUGUACCCCACAACCUAACUGUGAUACUGUACCAGCAUUUGCACCGGGAGGAACAUUCAGCAAUGCAGAAGCGAGUGCAAAUGCGUAUUUUGAUUCAUACGGAUCAGGUGGUUCCUCUUUGGCUCAAGCAACAUCUAAUUCCCUUUAUAACUCGGCAUCAUCAGAAGCUACCGCCAUCGCACAUGCUCAGUCAAACGUGAACUCAAAUAUGGGAGGCAGCUCCGCCUACGCUGAAAGCUCGUCCAAUUCAGGCAAUAAAUAUCCCUAUGGCAUCAAUUUUCCCGGAUCACAUGAUAUUUCAGCAUCCGCCCAAGCUAAUACCUUAGUGAAUGUGCCAAAUAUCAAUUCGUAUCCGUACUAUGAUGACAAUUACUAUGCUACAGCUCAAAGUCAAGCCGCUGAACAAGCGGCGUACUCCCAAGCAAUGGCCAGUGCAACGCAGAAUUCCUUCAAUCAUUUGAGCGGUCAAUCGUAUGGAUCAGCAGAAGCGUUAGCUAAUAGUCAAUAUGGUCUGUAUGGAGGGACUCCCUACUAUAGCGGAAUGCCUGACGUAAGUCAAAUGCAACCCGGAUCUCUGACGACAUCUGAACUUUAUUCAGGUCUAUACCAAAAUCCCCAAACGACAGGAAUGUAUCAAGCGGGUAUGUCUGGAUGGGACAAUUCAGUAAGCCAACAAAGCACAAGUUUGCAGAGUUUGCGGCAAAUUUCGGCGAUUUCCGGUCGACCGUUAAUACGUUCCGGCCCAGGCUUGUGCAACUACUCGGGAGACAAGUAUCAUCACAACUGCCAGGCAUGCUUUUGUUUCCAGGAUGGAAAUGGAAGCCUGUUCACACUCUGCUUAGGCAGUCCUUGCGCCAAGUAAGAGUUCGAUGAAUGACUCAUUGAUAACGAACUUAAUGGACUACGAUAAUUUAAUUUAAGUUAAAUAAUUAUAAGAUGGCAUGUAGAGACAAAAGCACAAUCCUACUUUAAUAAAUACCUACUAAGCGUAAA